AUGACGUCACUGCCUUGCGGUGCCUCCAUAUCCCCAGCAGCUUCACAAUCCAGCACAAUGCUCCCCUCUUAUUGUGGGAGCCCUAAUUGUCACAAGCUCUCUUACACUCGGUUCGGGCAACUGCCAUCGCUCGUCAAUAAGCAAUCUUUCAAAGGAUCACACAAGAUUGGCAUCAAAUGCAGUUACACUGAUCCUGGCAUUAGGAACAAUCCUGCAAGUGGCACAAUUGAUGUUGUGGCAGAGGUUAAGACUGAGCGAAUUGUGAUAUUAGGAGGCAGUGGCUUUGUGGGUUCUGCAAUAUGCAAGGCUGCAGUAUCAAAGGGUAUAGAGGUCACUAGUAUUAGCAGGUCAGGAAGGCCUUCUUACUCAGGCUCGUGGGUAGAUCAGGUCACUUGGCUUACAGGAGAUGUAUUUUAUGCAAAUUGGGACGAAGUGCUUCCUGGGGCUACAGCAGUGGUUUCCACGCUUGGAGGUUUUGGCAGUGAGGAGCAGAUGCAAAGGAUCAAUGGGGAGGCUAAUGUUGUGGCUGUAAAUGCUGCUAAAGAAUAUGGUAUCCCAAAGUUUAUAUUGAUCUCGGUCCACGAUUAUAAUCUGCCAUCAUUUCUACUCUCAUCGGGAUACUUCACCGGAAAAAGAAAAGCUGAAUCUGAGGUUCUAUCCAAAUAUCCAUCUUCAGGUGUUGUGUUCAGGCCGGGUUUCAUAUACGGAAAGAGAAAAGUGGACGGGUUUGAGAUCCCUCUCGACCUGAUAGGUGAGCCUUUGGAGAAGCUUCUGAAUGCCGUGGAGAAUUUCACCAAACCUUUGAACUCUCUGCCUGCUUCGGAUUUGGUAUUGGCACCUCCAGUGAGCGUGGACGAUCUUGCAUCUGCCGUAGUAAAUGCAAUCAACGAUGACGAUUGCUUUGGGGUUUUCACAAUCGAGCAGAUUAAGGAAGCUGCAAGAGCAGUAAAGGUGUAA